GAAAAAAAAUUGAACAGUGGAUAAAAUUGAACAGUGGUAAAAAUUUAACUGUGGAAAAAAUUUAAUCGUGGCAAAAAAUAUAAAAAAGAAGAACAGUGGUGCCAAGUGGAAAAAAUUACAAAACCAAAAAAAACUGGAAAAAUUAGUGUGAUUGCUAAAUGUGACCCUACAAACCGAAUUGUCGUUUCACAGUGGUGCAAAAAAGGACCUUGCAUAGUGGAACACAAUUGGAAAAAUACAAAAUAUAUUUAAAAUUACAAAAAAAAUAAAAAUUAUCAUUUUUCACAAAAAAUUACAAAUACGUACAAACAGAGAACAGUGCAAAGUGGUACAAAACUACAAACUACAAAAUACCGACAAACAAUUAAAAAGAACAUUUUUACAAAAAACAGAAAGGAGACCCAGCAUAUUCCAGGAGGGAGACCCGAAAAAAGGCCAAGAAGAGACCCAGAAAUUCGUCAAAAUAUGGCUGCUUAUCUACCAAAUCAAGACUGGCGCCUGGAAGACCGGAGCCGCAGCCCCAGUAACUCAGCCCGGAGCCCCAACCGCCAAGCCCCACAACCUAAUCGAAGAGCCCGCAGUCCCAACCAGCCACCGAGGAGCAGACGUGAGGCAAGGCCCAACAGACGCCUUGUAAGCGAGAGACCCAGCAACUGGCAGUACUCCUGUGGACUGUGCCAACAGGACCACAGCCUUUACUCCUGCCCGGUGUUCCGGCGACAGACCCCGUUUCAGAGGUAUGAGACGGUGGAAAGACGUGGUUAUUGUCGGAACUGUCUGGCAAGGAGCCAUCUUGCCCCCGAUUGCCCCAGUUUGGAUGGCUGCAGACGUUGCGACAGCAGGCACCAUACGACCCUGCACGGGGCAUCGCAGCUGGAUGAGGUGCCUCUGAAUAUGGAAGCUAUAAACGCACCAGCCUUUGCAUGGGAUUUGGUGUUGGUGCCCACCGUAAUGAUCAGAUUAAUGGCCGAAGGGAUGGAAGGGUUCGUGAUGGUGCGGGCACUGAUGAGCCAGUCGGCAACAAUGACCACCAUUUCAUAUGCGGCAUAUAGGCGGUUUGGGCUGCAGCACCGUAUAUAUAAGGGGCAACGCAUAACCACAUUCACUAUACGACCCAGAAGAAUAAGCAGCAGCUGGUCUCUGCAAGUAAAUGCGGUGGUGAGCGACAAACUACCCAGGCGACUUUAUUCGGAGGCUCUGUUGGAAGACCCCACCCGGGGCUUCACUAAUUACGCCAUCGCCGACCCAGAUCCUAGGGGGAACACGCCCAUAGAUGUGGAAUUAGGGGCGGAUACAUACAACGCGAUUCGCAAAAGUGGGUGUGUGGCGGUUGGAUUAGGGGAUGUACGGGCGUUCAACACACAACUGGGAUAUGUGUUCGCUGGACCGAUCCGGAACAUGCCUGCUGCUGAAAAUUGUAUGGAGCAAGCGGAAUUGAAGAUUUACACUUGUCACUCGGGGGCCCAGAAAUGUUUACGAAUGCGUAAACUUUUGAUCUCCACUGUCAGUUGGAGUUAACGGCCACUGCGGCAAAAUUGUAAAUAUAUGUAAUAUAUGUUGCACCAAUACAAAUACGCAGUCACCGGUAACUUCCAACUGACUGGAAGUAAAUAAGCAACAAAUUGAUUUGCAAAUUUGGUUGCUGAGCUGAUGCAAAUUAGGCAUCGACACAGUUCGUUUUGAAAUCGCGCCCGCGAAAGUUAAAAGUGCUCCCCAGUGACAAGUGAAAAUUAAAGAAAAUAAAGUGAACAUUUAAAUUAACAAACAUAAUUUCAGAACAUUUUCAUACUACACACAACAAACAUCAUAAAAUUACUUAAUCAACAAAUAUACAACACGAUCACAAGUCAAUACAAAAUUUACAAAAUUUACAAAAAUACAUGAAUUGUUACACAAAAAAUCAUACAUAAAAUUUACAUGAAUUGUUACACAAAAAAUACAACAAAAAUCACACUAAUUAUUGUAUUUCAACAACACGAUCACAAAAUUUGAAUUUGCCACAAAAAACCACUGGAAACCACGAAAACUUAAAACAAAUCAAGUGAAUAAAGAAUUUAUUUUUUAAUUGAAUUUUAAACAAUAAAAAAACCCUC